AUAAUUCGCUUCGUCUUAUUUCUUCUCAUUCUCUUCCCGUGUGCCGGGUCCAUCCCAGGACUUCAGAACCGAGAGGUGACUUGUGGAUCACCCGAUAAGGAUCCAUUCCUCGGAGACCUCGAUCAUGGGCAGCCUGGUAUUGCUUUCACGACCGGCUAUGGUGACGACAGUCUGCGCUGGUUCAUGGUGUACCAAAACGCGAUCGACUUUAAGCCAUACCGAGCCAUGAAGGUAGCAUGCUUCACCCAUAAAGGCACAUGGGCAGAGCUGAACUGGGGAAGCUACCCGCUCGCAUAUGGAAACGACGGACCAGUCCUGCUCACUUCCGAAGACGCGAACACACCUGUCUUGGGAUUCACACAUGAUAUUAUACCAACAGCGCCUGAGGAAUGUCGAGUGGCCAAGGACAGUGGAGGUACGGCUCUCAAGCCAACUGACAAGAACGGCUAUGAUGAGGCCACGCGCGAGUUCACAAAGCGAGUGCUGCGUACUUUAAAGGUGUCUAUCGACAGAAGCUACACUGCAACAAUCAUGUCUCACAACGGAAGGUUGGAGAUUGAGUUCCUUCAUGGGAACCAUUGA